AUGGACUCGACGCCGGUCCCGUGCCUUACUCUUCUUGGCCCGUCGGUUUCCCUCGAAGCCAAGCGGCAGCAGCUGCUCGAGCAGGUGCAGGCCGCUGUCCCCGAGGUCACGCGCGUGGACGGCGUGUUCCUGCAUCUCGUGCUCGCGCAGUCGGACGCCGCGUGUGCGGCGCUGCGCGACGGCGCGAGUGCGCCGCGCGCGCGCCUCGAUGAGCUGUUCGACUAUGGCGACCAUGUGGCGCUCGACGGCACCUGCGACGCCGUGCAGGCGGCGCUCAGUGGCGCGUCGGUGCCGGGCAAGGACGUCCUCUUCGUCCUGCCGCGUGCGGGCAACACGACGCCGUGGUCGAGCAAGGCCACGGACAUUUCGCACAUCUGUGGCAUGGACGACACGGUGGCGCGCCUGGAGCGCGGCGUGGCGUACGUGCUGGACGUGCCGGCGCCGCUGAGCGACACCGCGCUCGGCCGCGCCGAGGGCCUCUUGCACGACCGCAUGACGCAGACCAUCUCGCGCGAGACGCCGCAGACGCGCGCGCGCGCGCUGUUUGGCACGUCCGAGCCAGGCGAGCUGCGCACGAUCGAGCUGCUCGCGUCCUCGAGCGACACCGACUGGCAGGCGGCGCACGACCGCCUGGAGGCGGCGAACGCCGAGUUUGGCCUUGCGCUCGCGCCGGACGAGGUCAACUACCUCGUCGAUGCGUUUGUGCGCGGGCAGGGCGACGAGGCGCCGCUGCGCCGCAACCCCACGGACGUGGAGCUGUUCAUGUUUGCGCAGGUCAACUCGGAGCACUGCCGCCACAAGAUCUUCAAUGCGACAUGGACGAUCGAUGGCGCGGUGCAGCCGCAGUCGCUCUUCAGCAUGAUCCGGCACACGCACAAGACGACGCCGCAGCACACGAUCAGCGCGUACUCGGACAACGCGGCCGUGCUGGACGGCGCGGACGGCGUGCGCUUCCUGCCGGCGCCCGAUGCGCUCGCGCUCGACGACGGCUCGGCGCUCGCGCACGUCUAUGUCGGCCGCCGCGAGGCAAUGCCGAUCCUCGCCAAGGUCGAGACGCACAACCACCCGACGGCCAUCUCGCCGUACCCCGGCGCGGCCACCGGCUCCGGCGGUGAGAUCCGCGACGAGGGCGCGGUCGGCCGCGGCUCCAAGCCCAAGGCGGGCCUCGCCGGGUUCAUGACGUCGAACCUGCACCUCCCCGGCGCGCCGAUGCCGUGGGAGGAGGACGUCGGCUACCCGAUGCACGUCGCGCGCUCGCUCGAGAUCAUGCUCGAUGCGCCGAUCGGGGCGGCCGCGUUCAACAACGAGUUUGGGCGGCCGGCGCUCGCGGGCUUCUGGCGCACGCUGUGCGACAAGGUGCCGACGGAGACGGGCGCGCUGGAGCUGCGCGGCUACCACAAGCCGAUCAUGCUGGCCGGCGGUCUCGGCAACGUGCGCCCGCCGUACACGUUCAAAGGGACGAUCCAGCCGGGCGAUGCGCUGCUGGUGAUGGGCGGCCCGGGCUACCUGAUCGGCCUCGGCGGCGGCACGAGCUCGUCGGUCGCCGGCGGCGGCGCCGAGCGCUCGACGCUCGACUUUGUGAGUGUCUCGCGCGAGAACCCCGAGAUGCAGCGCCGGUGCCAGGAGGUGAUUGACGCGUGCUGCACGGCGGCCGUCAACCCGAUCGAGAGCAUCCACGACGUGGGCGCGGGCGGCUUGAGCAAUGCGCUGCCCGAGAUUGUGCACGACGCCGGCCUCGGCGCGCGCUUCGAGCUGCGCGAUGUGCCGCUCGGCAACACGUCACUGAGCCCCCUCGCCAUCUGGUGCAACGAGAGCCAGGAGCGCUACGUCCUCGCGGUGCGCCCCGCCAACCUCGACGCGUUCCGCGCGAUCGCCGCGCGCGAGCGCUGCCCGAUCGCCGUCGUCGGCUACGCGACGGCGGAGCCGCGCCUCGUGCUCACCGACCGCCUGCGCAGCGAGACGUGCAUCGACCUGCCCAUGUCGACACUGUUCGGCAAGCCCCCCAAGAUGGAGCGCAGCGCGACGCACGCCGUGCGCCGCGUGUCGCCGCUGGACGCGCAGCUGCAGGCGUACCUGCCGGACGUGCCGGCCGCGGCGCGCCUCAGCGAGGCGAUCGAGCGUGUGCUGCGCCUGCCCAGCGUGGGCUCCAAGUCGUACCUCAUCACGAUCGGCGACCGCAGCGUCACGGGCCUCGUGGCGCGCGACCAGAUGGUCGGGCCGUACCAGGUGCCGGUGGCCGACGUCGCCGUCACACGCACCUCGUACUCGUUCGACGAUAGCGCGCCGGGCGAGGCGAUGGCGUGCGGCGAGCGCACACCGCUCUCGCUCCUCAGUGGCGCCGCAGCCGCGCGCAUGGCCGUCGCGGAGAGUCUGACGAACCUGGCGGCCGCGUACGUCGAGUCGCUCGAGCACGUCAAGCUGAGCGCCAACUGGAUGUGCUCCGCGGGCUACGAGCACGACGGUGCCGCGCUGUACGACGCCGUGCAGGCGAUUGGCCUCGACCUGUGCCCGAAGCUCGGCCUGUCGAUCCCCGUCGGCAAGGACUCGAUGUCGAUGGGCAUGUCGUGGCUCGCCGACGAGGGCGAGCGCCGCACGGUCACGGCGCCGCUCAGCCCGAUCCUCACGGCGUUCGCGCCGGUGGUCGAUGUGUCGCAGACGUGGACGCCGGAGCUCAAGCGCCUCGAUGCGCCGUCCGUGCUCGUGCUCAUCGACCUCGCGCGCGGCCAGCAGCGCCUCGGCGGCUCGGCGCUCGCGCAGGUGUUCCGCCAGCUGGGCGACGCGGCGCCGGACGUCGAAGACGCGGCGCUCCUUAAGUCGUUCUUCAACGCCAUGUCGAUGCUCAAGCAGCUCGCCGCCGGCAUGCGCCGCGCCGCGCCGCUCGUGCACGCGUACCAUGACCGCUCCGACGGCGGUCUCUUCACCGCGAUCGCCGAGAUGGCGUUUGCCGGCCGCGUCGGUGUGGACGUGGACGUGUCGCGCCUCGUGCGCACGACGCCGGUGGCCGCCCUGUUCAACGAGGAGCUCGGCGCGGUGCUCCAGGUGCGCGCGUCGGACCUCUCGUCGCUGCACUCGGUGCUCAGCACGGCCGGCGUGCCUGCCGACGCCGUGCAUGUCGUCGGCUCGGUGCGCACGGACGAGGCGGUGCGCAUCGUGGCGCAGGGCACGGAGCUCUAUGCGUCGACGCGCGCCGCGCUGCAGAAGGCGUGGGCAUUCACGAGCUUCCACAUGCAGGCACUUCGCGACAACCCCGAGUGUGCGCGCCAGGAGUAUGCGCUGAUUGACGAGCCGGCUGGCGCGACGGCGCUGCGCUACGACCUGACCUACGACCCCGCGAGCACCGCGCUGCCCGACGAGGGCACGAUCGAGCGCCCCCUCGCGGCGCAGCCGCGCGUCGCGAUCCUGCGCGAGCAGGGUGUGAACGGCCACGUCGAGAUGGCGUGGGCCUUCUCGCGCGCUGGCUUCUGCACGGUGGACGUGCACAUGUCGGACCUGCUCAGCGGCGCAGUGUCGCUGCAGCCGUUUGUGGGUGUGGCUGCGUGCGGUGGCUUCUCGUACGGCGACGUGCUCGGCUCCGGCCGUGGCUGGGCGCACUCGGUCCUGCUGCACGAGGGCGUGCGCCGCGAGUUCACUGAGUUCUUUGCGCGCGACAAGACGUUUGCGCUGGGCGUGUGCAACGGCUGCCAGAUGCUCAGCACGCUCGGCCGCGCGGGCCUCAUCGAGGGCGCCGAGCACUGGCCGCGCUUCUCGCCGAACGAGAGCGGCCGCUACGAGGCGCGCUUCUCCGAGGUCGAGAUCGGCGAGUCGAACAGCAUCUUCUUCCGCGGCAUGACCCACAGCCGCCUGCCCGUGGCCGUCGCGCACGCCGAGGGCCGCGCAGCCUUCCGCACGCCCGAGGCUGCCGAGAAGCUUGCUGCGCAGGGCGGCGUGGCUCUGCGCUACGCCGACGGUCGCUACCCCCUGAACCCCAACGGCUCGACCGCCAAUGUCGCGGGCGUCUCGGCCGCCAGCGGCCGCGUGCUCAUCCUCAUGCCGCACCCCGAGCGCUGCGUCGCGACGCCAUCGCUCAGCUGGGCCCCCGAGCGCGCGGCCCUCGCGUGGGGCGGCCGCAGCCCGUGGUUCCGCCUGUUCGAGAAUGCGUACGCGUUCGUCUCGUCGUAG